AUGGCGAAUGUCGAACUGUACAACAUUCAAAUUCUGAAUGCAGAACUACACAACAUCCACAUUCUGAAUGUUGAAUAUCUUAUGCCGAACUGUGCAACCUUCAAAGUGUUCAAAAUGAAGCCACAAACUUCUACUGACUCUCAUGGCAACACUCUUCGAUUCAAACCUUACAAAGGAUUGAAAUUCCAUCCCGACAUUCCAGGAAACGUAGAAGACCAACUGAAGGAUGUGUCAUCACUACAUCUCAGACCAGAUGAUGUAUUGUUAUGUUCAUUUCCUAAAUCAGAAUAUCUAAAGUAUCAAGGGACACCUUACAUGAUCGAAUUUCAUCCAUCAAGCGAGAUUGACCAGCUUGAUUCUCCCAGAGCGCUCCACACACACCUUACCUACCCACUGAUCCCAGCAAUGACAAGGCAGGGCAAAGUGAAGAUAGUCCAUGUUCUACGGAAUCCAAAGGACACCAUAGUAUAUUAUUAUGAACACUAUAAGCGAGUUAACCUUUACGGCACCAUCACUAGAUUGGUAGAGUUCCUCCAGCUGAAUCGACCAGAAUCGUUUUUAUGCGAAGUGAAAAGGGCAGUUGAAUUCGCAAAUUUGCAAAAGGAGCAUGACACCAAGGCAGGAGAAACUAAGAUUUGGAAUUCCUUUGGCAAUGGCGGGCGAUUACCUAUUUACAGGAAAGGAUGUGUAGGCGAUUGGAAGAACUACUUCACAGUUGCGCAAAACGAAAGGUUGGACGCCAUGUUUAACAAAGAGAUCACGGAAUAUGGUAUCGACCUCAACUUUUUAUAUGAAUGAUAACAUUGUUACAAUGUGCUAUUCUUCCAGGGAGUAAUGCAGAAGGAAGCAUGAUUAGAAUAAGCCAUUUCGAUGGAAUCCAUGAACAAUCUU